AUGUCAUCCGCGAACACGAAAACGGCCCCGGCCGCUCUGGCUCUUCCCCCGAACGUAUCAAUAUUUACGCCGAAGGAUGCAAUCGCGACAAAGGACCUUCUGAACGGCAAGGUCUUCACCCGCCUUACUAUCACGGACAAGACACAACCGGCACAAAUCUCGGCGGCGCUGAAGAAUGCAAAAAUCAGCGAAACCUUCUGCCUCACCCACCAGAACGUCAUCUUGAUUUUUGAUCAGGAUCAAGAUACCCACCAUGAGCAUUUCCGGGUCGUAUGCUUGGCUCUGAGAGAUGCGGACAUCGGAUUGAGCGUUUCUGGAUGCAUUCACGACGCUCCGGAGGUCUUGCAGGCUGGGUUUCAACUGGACACGCUAAACUCGGGCUCAAUCCUGGUCAUUGAUUUGAUGCAUGACGACGACGAUGAUGAUGAUUCGGACGAUGAAGAGGCCAGCCUCGCUGCCUUGAUGAACGGAGAGUCUGGCACGACGACAUCUUGA